UGCACAUGAGGAAACUCCAGGGAGAGCAGCGACACAGCCGCACGGAGAACUGCAGCCCAUAAAUGUCCCUUGUGCACAUGGCCAGCAAUAAGAAAUACAUAAAGAAAUGCAUGAAGAUACUGAAGAGCAAACCUGUUCCUCAGGCAGAAAGUGCUCAUCUUCUCGCUGAAUGCCCCCCCAGAGAGAACACCAUUGUGGGUAAAAUAAAGGAAGGUUUUAAGGAUAUUGUAAAGCCAAAAAAGAAAAUGAAAUUUAAUUCUGAGCGGAAUAAUCACUGGAAAUCUACAGAAAAAAACGUCAGAAGUUUCAUAGCCAAAAUGCAAUUCUGUGAUGCCUGUGAAUUAAUCUAUAAUUUGGAGCAAAAUGGCACAGCAGAUGGAAGUGAAUUAUAUAAGGAGGUAGCCCAGAAGAUGUGGGCGACUGUGAAGCAAGUCCUUGAUGGAGAUCACAGCCAGACCGCGGGGCUCCAGGCCGUCAGUGACUGCAUCGUUUGGUCUAAGCAAAAAUGCAACAACUCUUCUGACUGGAUCCCGCAGGAAUGGCAGAGGGACCUGGAGAAUCUUUUUGUAAAUUGCAUUAUGAAGCACAUGCCAAAGUUUGUUCACAAGAAAAUGGAUGAAAGGUGUCUAGAAAAUCAUUUGGGUGAACUUGAGAGAAAAAUAUUGGAGAUCAUAAACAAACUGGAGCUGCUUCCAAAGGAUCUGUCCGCUAGCUGUCUGAAAUGCUUGCGUGUUUACCUGUGCAGCCACCUAACCACUUUGUCAGAUGAUACGCAGCUAAAUUAUCAAGAACAUGUGCUCCUGUAUAAGUGGGCCCAUAGACAACAUAGAAGGCUCUGCAUAGCCCAGUAUAUAUCGGAGGACUUUGAUCAUAUGCUAUUUGAAAAUUGGUUUCACAACACUGGGAAGAACAUAGAAUCUAAGGGACAAGAACAUAUUCGCAGAGCACUGCUGGAGAUCCUUCAGAGUGAGAUUGUGUGGAAUUCAUACCCAAAGCCAGAAAUCCAGUAUUACUUCAGUGAUAUCUCAGGGGAAGCAACCAAAGUUUGCGAGGCAGCUGAAGGCCUUGGGAAUACAUUAUCAUCUGCACUCAAGUCCUUCUAUUGGGAGGAGCUUGUCCGUUUUGUGACCAGGUAUGAAGCAUUUUUGAAAGAAAAAGUUGAUUCGAUGGUUUCAGAAAAUGGAAUUGACAUGGGGCUGAGGAUUGUAAAGAAUUGCUCCAUUCUAAGAGAUACAGCGAAUCGUGCGGGAGACAAAUGUCAAGAGGUGGAAAUAGAGGGACUUCUUGUACAGUGUGAGAACAAAGGGACUGACCUCGUGUUUAAUGCUUUAAAGCCAAAAAUUGAGGAAGCGUUCCAAAAUCACUUUAAGAAAAACUCCACUGAAUAUGAAAAUAUUCUCAGGCACUUUCAAUGCAAAUUGCAAAAUGAAGAUCUGCAAAGCAACAGGAUGUUCAUUACACGCCUAUAUCACAGACUUCUUAUUCUGUACAUUAAAGCAUUUUUCAAAUGCUCCACGAAAUCCUCCCAUAUCAAUAAAGGAGAAACGUUUUUAAAAGGAAGCAAAAGAUUGCAGGAAUUUGCCUCUAAUUUGAUUUCAGAUGAGAAUCUGCUGGGUUCUAAUCCACUGGAUUUUAUAACCACUAUUCUGACUGACAGCGACCAGGAAGCUUUACGGACAACGACGGCGUAUUUUGGCCUUGAGCACCCAGACUUGAGGGAAGAGCAUCUAGAGGCCAUCUUGAAUAUUAAAGGGAACGUUAGCCGUAAAGAAAGGGAAGAUCUUUUAUAUUACAUACGAGAGAGGAAGAUGGUUUCUAUGGACAACAACCCGGGGUAUUUUGAGGACGUACAGGUGGGCUACAGCCAUAGUAAGACGAUGCGUUUCCUUUGCUGCUGCUGCCCGUGCUAGUAACGCUGAAGACCUAUUCGCUGGAAUGCAGACAGCAGAACCUACAAACUGGAUAUGACUUGUAUUGUACUGUAUUUUGGAUAUAAA